CAGGUUUGUUUUACCAAGAGAACUCUAUAGAUAUCCUUUUCCAAUGUUUCUUCUUUUGUGUUCUCAAUUUUAUAGCGAGAUCUUUAAACUAUAGACAUUUGAAAUAUAUUCGUUUAUUACUGAACUGAAACGUCAGGAGUACGUUAUUGGAUCUAAGCUAUUGAUGGUGGUCACAGACAGUAGGCUUUUGACACUAGGCUACUCACAAUGUCACUGCAAGAGAACAUGAAGUUAUGAACGUAAAAGUGUUUGUAACGUUGCCUUUUCUGUGCUUAUGAGAAACGUCAAUAGACAUUAAAGCCUGGGAAAGGUCACUGUUGUUGGUAGGUCUAAACUUUGGCUUUGUGUGUCACCGUUUUUUAAGACUGCUGAAUUUUGUCACAAUGAGACGACUUUUAUUAAAACUGAUAAAUCGAGCUUUGCUGAUUGGACCCGUUGGACCAAUGAUGGGCAGUGAAGCUGGAGUCCACACAAAUUCUCGCCGGAGACUGGUUGUGGGACUGGGAAACCCUGGAAUGAACAGUUCACGCCACAGCGUAGGCAUGGCAGUACUGGAAGCACUUGCUUCCCGGCUUGGGGUAGCUGAUAGCUGGCGUGGUGAUAGGCAUGUGUCCGGUGAGGUCAUCGUAUCUGACAUCCAGGACACCCAAAUCGUGCUUCUCCGACCACGACUACUGAUGAACAUAAACGGUGUAUCCGUGGCCAAAGCAGCGGUUAAAUACAGCAUCAAGCCUGAGCACAUACUGCUGGUUCAUGAUGAGUUGGAUAAGCCUCUUGGAAAGCUUGCUAUGAAACAAGGAGGGAGCGCCAGGGGUCACAAUGGUGUGCGGUCCUGUGUUGAGUGUCUGCAGACUGAUGUGAUGCCCAGACUGCGUGUUGGGAUUGGCAGACCAUCAGGUAAAACAUCAGUGGACCGGCAUGUUCUGGGCCGCUUCUCUCAGGAGGAGCAGAAGGUUCUGAGUGGGAUUUUAGAAGAGAGUGUGGACAUUCUCCUCUCCCAGCUCACUGACAAGGAGAAUAUGCAGUCCCCACUGUUGCCACGUGGAGGCAGACCAGCAUCACAGACUGGGAAACAAAGGGAGCGUUUAAGCGCUCCACGAAAGGACACGGCCACUGGCCAGACCUGAGACUGACGAAAGACUUUGACAGAGCCAGUGAAACUGUGACUACUCUGGGAUAGUAGCUUUGCUCCUGCUGAAACAAAGCUGCCUCUUGCAGAAAUAUGAAAGUGUGUACAUGUUUUUAUUUAUUAUGACUUUGUUUACGCUCUGGUUUAGGAUGUAUGUGAAAUGAAUGCCAAGUAAGCAGACUUCGUUUCAAGGACAAAGAAUUUAGAUAUGUAUAAGAUAAUCAUCGCAUAGAUCUAGAUUGGUAUGCAUUUAUUUUUAAGUUUCCCAAACUACCAUGUGUAUGGCGUGAUCUAAUUAUGUGCAAGGUCUAAGGAGAGACCAAUACUUGAUAUUAAAAUUAUUAAACAACCGUCUUGCCAAUGGCAUUAAGAAAUGGAACUAAUAGUGAAUAAACUGAGGGGUUUCC